AAGGUUGUCCAGUUCUUGGCCAAAGUAAGACUCUGCUUCUGUUUAGGGAUAGAAGACAAGGAAGGAUCCUGUGCUGUAUGAACCUUUCCGCUUAUUUCGUUUUGUUGUACUGUCAUUGUGUGGUUUUGUGGAAGGAACAUCAGAUGUUUACUUAACUCUUAAAGGCCCAUUUGGUGCUGAGAAAGGGCCUGUUAGUGUCUUGUCUACAUGGUCCACAAAAAAGGUUCACAGCGUGUGGUCCAAAAGCAGCAUGCUUUCAUCUAAACUUCAUUCUAGGGAGCUACUUUUUUGCAAGAGGGCUAAUUGGAAAACCCUCCCUUGAAUGGAGGUAUAUUUUUUUAGCAAAAUAAAGUAAGCUGACAAGCUGCUUAUCACUAGAAAUAGAACUCGUACUUGGAUGAGGAUUAAUAAUCACCCAUCAACCUCAAGGUAUACCUAGUAGGUGACCACCAUCCAUUCUAUUGAACACAACACUAUGCCUUUGAUACCUCAGCAGUUAAGUCUGAGAAAUGUUCUGCCUGGGUGUCUUAGAACCCUCAGAAUUGCCCACUAUUACCCGUAUUUCUGUCCUGGGGGUGAAGGAUUUGAGAGUGGUCUUUGACACUCCUAUUGGUGAUAUAACAGUAUGCAGAUGGUAAUGCUCAACCGAUUUUCCUUGUUCCAAGUAUCUUGUCCAGAAAUGGCUAGAGCAUUGUUCCUAAAAACUUUAUGUACUUAAGGUUCACCAGAUUGGGUCUGGGCUCAUUUAAUAGAUGUGGAGUGGGACUGGGUGAUUCUGAACGAGGUGGUCUGCUAAUCAAACUUUGAGAAGCACUGGGCAGGAGAACUGCUGAAAAGCAAGGGUGGUCAACCCUAAGAAUCUGCUGCAUCGUUUUGCCCACCAGCAGUGGUCUCAGGGCCACAGAUGCUUAAUAGGUCUAGGUAGUAGUUUAUACUGAAGGGCUGGGUCUGCAAGUGAGGGAAGUGCUGAACUUGGCAAGCUGGAGUUCAUUUUUUUAAAGUUAUAUAUUUAUUGAAUGUGCCUGUGUUCAGACAGCCAAGACCCUCCAGUGGACAGCACUGACUAUUCCCUGAUCUCAUGGCAUUUGCAGUUUAGCAGCAACCCAUAGCCUCAAUUAACAGAUAAACAUCUUGACUUGUGUUGAUCAGAAGGCACAGGACAGAGUUCUUUCAGCACUCACAGCAGGUCAUUCCUGGUGACUCUUAAUGUGACUCAAAGCCAAAACUUCCAAUGAAGAGAAAGGGCCUAGAACCAUGAAGACAACAGUCGUAAAAGUGCAGGUAUUCUGUAGGCCUCGCCUAGGCUCACCAGGAACUUUAGAAAGCUCACUUAGUAAAAUCUCCUUUUGAGGUUCAAAGUGAUUUCAGGGAAAGCUAGAUUCCCUAGUCUUGGGGCCCCUCUAACUUUUCAAGAUGGGAAGCCAAGGCUUGGACCAGUCAUCACUGGAUGCCAUAGUCCCCUUCUCUCAUUGCUCAGCCCUUCAUUAUAGGGGCUCCAGCUCCAGGGCUCUAGCAUUUUCUUAGUUGGUCUUCUCUCUGGGUCUUCUUUAUCCCUUUGAGUGUGAACUUUCACCCUGUAGUACAUCAAGAAGUCAAAUUUGACAGAUUAAAGUUAGAACUGAUAGUGUUUAAGUGCUGCCUACUCCCUGGGGAAGAGAAUUCUCAGAUUCCUUUAGAGCCUUCCAGGGAAGAAAGUUAGGGUAUGGAAUGGCUAUAAGGCAGUGGAUUGCUACCACUUCAGAGGAUCUCCAGUUUUCAGCUCUGACUCAGCAGUUUCCUUUUCCUGAAGCUCAGCCUUUUCCACAAAAUGUUACCAUUGUCAGGAACCUUUAAAUCACCUACCACUUUGCUGCAGGGAGCUGUCAUUUCAUCUUUUGACGGCUCAUCUAAAAUAGUCUAAUACCUAAAACAGGAGGAGUCAAAAUUGCUUCCUGUCUUGGGGCAGAAUUCAGAAAAUUGCCUAUAGUGUCCCCUUUUUUCCCCAAAAAACUGUUAAUAUUUAGUUUAUACCAAGCAGACCCAGGAACAGUUUACAUUAUUUCUUGCCUUUUAUUUUUUAUUAGUGAUGUAUUGUUUUCCUUUAUAUUGGAAGCAUGUAACAAUUUUAUUGGCAACUCUGGUUCAGACGUGAGUGAAGGAGUUCUGAAGAACUGCAGGAAACCUUGAAAGCAGCCUAAAGUGCCUCCUUCAACGGCAAGAGCUUAGGGGUGUUGAGAGGGGAAAGCUGCGCCACCUGUUGGGCUUUUAAGUUAUGGCUUCCAAGGAAACUCUUCAUGUCUGUCAAGACAGUUUCAAUUUUGUGCUACAAUUCCCUAAAUCCCUACAAUUAGGGGUGAUAAUUUGCCAACCGUCAUGAGAUGAGAUGUCUUCUGGGUUUUGAAAUGAGUAGAUUUCUGGUUACACUUUAGUUUUCUAUAAUGAAUGUGAAAAAAACCCUUGAUGAAUUAUCAAUACCUAUGUAAUAGUUAUAGUAAAGCAGUGGAAUUAUUAUUUAAUCUCAUUUUGUUUUUUGAGUACAGCCAAAUGCUAUUAUUGUUAUGGCAUGGAUUUGUUCCAGAUGGUGUUGUAAAGUUGGAUUUUCAAGGGGAAAAAAAAAAAAGGAAAUUGGCCUGAGUACUGUUAAAAAAAAUCCUAUUUGAAAAGUAUAUUCAACUCCCAAAUACUUUUCCUUUAUUGCUUUAUUAACUAAUUAAAUUACACAAAACCCCUAGACCCCAUUCAGAUUUUCUUUUCCAGUUAGUGGUUUUCAUUGUAUAACAUUUCAGGAUUCCUUUCGAACAGCUCUUAAAUGAAUGGUUGCACACUGCAAAGACCCCCAGUCAUCCUUUAUGCCCUGGAUGAGCCCCUUUGCCCUGAAAGAGGUAACCUCCUAAUCUCUGUGUUCCAGAGUAGCACAUCUCAAACUUCAGGGUGUACCCAGGCCACCUGGGGGUCUUGUUAAAAUGCAAUUUCUGAUUCAGUAGGUCUGGGGUGGGGCCCAAGAUACUGCAUUUCUAACAAGCUUCCAGGUGAUGCUCAUGCUGCUAGUCUGUGAACCACACUUUUUGAGUAGCAGGGCUCUAGAGGUAGAUCUUAUUAAUUAGGCUAUUUCAUAUGGGAAAUCUGGGCUUGUCUGCUGUGGAUAUAUAUCUUUAUUCAUAUUCCACCCACCUAACUUUGAAGAAGAAAGAUGCCUAUUUUUUUUCCCCACAAUUCCUUUCUUCCACUCCCUGCCCUAUCCCUUCCUCCCCUUCUUGAACAGAGGCUGCUUAGCUUAGCAUUGGCAGGAGUCCCUCUGAGGAUUUGAUUUUUAAAAACCAUUGAAGAGGUGUAAAGGAACUUGCUUGCUGAAAGGAAAAGGAAGAGUGGCUGGGCCUCCCUCAGGUCAUCCCUGUCCUGAGCAGGCACCUGGGAACAUUUUACUGGCAUAGUCUUCAGAGAAUGACCCAGGUAAAGUCAUGAAGCUGAGCCCCAAAGCAGAAGAAGUAGCUACGUUCUUUGCAAAAAUGCUCGACCAUGAAUAUACUACUAAGGAAAUAUUUAGGAAAAAUUUCUUUAAAGACUGGAGAAAGGAAAUGAGUAAUGAAGAGAAGAAUAUUAUCACCAGCCUAAGCAAAUGUGAUUUCACUCAGAUGAGCCAGUAUUUCAAAGCCCAGACGGAAGCACGAAAACAGAUGAGCAAAGAAGAGAAGCUGAAAAUCAAAGAGGAGAAUGAAAAAUUAUUGAAGGAAUAUGGCUUUUGUGUUAUGGAUAACCACAGAGAGAGAAUUGCCAACUUCAAGAUAGAGCCUCCUGGGCUUUUCCGUGGCCGUGGCAACCACCCCAAGAUGGGCAUGCUGAAAAGACGGAUCAUGCCCGAGGAUAUAAUCAUCAACUGUAGCAAAGAUGCCAAGGUUCCUUCUCCUCCUCCAGGACAUAAGUGGAAAGAGGUCCGACAUGAUAACAAGGUUACUUGGCUGGUCUCCUGGACAGAGAAUAUCCAGGGUUCCAUUAAAUACAUCAUGCUGAACCCCAGUUCACGGAUCAAGGGUGAGAAAGACUGGCAGAAAUACGAGACCGCUCGGCGGCUGAAGAAAUGUGUAGACAAGAUCCGGAACCAAUAUCGAGAAGACUGGAAGUCCAAAGAGAUGAAAGUGCGGCAGAGAGCCGUAGCCCUGUACUUCAUUGACAAGCUUGCACUGAGAGCAGGCAAUGAGAAGGAGGAAGGAGAAACAGCAGACACUGUGGGUUGCUGCUCACUUCGCGUGGAGCACAUCAGUCUACAUCCAGAGUUGGAUGGUCAGGAAUAUGUGGUAGAGUUUGACUUCCUUGGGAAGGACUCCAUCAGAUACUAUAACAAAGUCCCCGUUGAAAAACGAGUUUUUAAGAACCUGCAGCUAUUUAUGGAGAACAAGCAGCCUGAGGAUGAUCUUUUUGAUAGACUCAAUACUGGUAUUCUAAAUAAGCAUCUUCAGGAUCUCAUGGAGGGCUUGACAGCCAAGGUAUUCCGUACAUACAAUGCCUCCAUCACGCUACAGCAGCAGCUAAAAGAACUCACAGCCCCGGAUGAGAACAUCCCCGCAAAGAUCCUUUCUUAUAACCGUGCCAAUCGAGCUGUUGCAAUUCUUUGUAACCAUCAGAGGGCACCACCAAAAACUUUUGAGAAGUCUAUGAUGAACUUGCAGUCUAAGAUUGAUGCCAAAAAGGAACAGCUAGCAGAUGCCCGGAGAGACCUGAAAAGCGCUAAGGCUGAUGCCAAGGUCAUGAAGGAUGCGAAGACCAAGAAGGUGGUGGAGUCAAAGAAAAAGGCUGUGCAGAGACUGGAGGAGCAGUUGAUGAAGCUGGAAGUUCAGGCCACAGACCGAGAGGAGAAUAAACAAAUUGCCUUGGGAACCUCCAAACUCAAUUAUCUGGACCCUCGGAUUUCAGUGGCUUGGUGCAAGAAGUGGGGGGUCCCGAUUGAGAAAAUUUACAACAAAACCCAGCGGGAGAAGUUUGCCUGGGCCAUCGACAUGGCCGAUGAGAACUACGAAUUUUAGCCAGUCUCAAGGGGCAGGGUUCUCUGAUAAGGAACAGUAUGGUUUGGGGAAGAUGGAUAAACUGUGAGCCUCGCUUGCCGUCGCACAUGAGGGAGAGAGGCAGCAAGUCUUAACAAACCAACAUCUUUGCGAAAAGAUAAACCUGGAGAUAUUAUAAGGGAGAGCUGAGCCAGUUGUCCUAUGGACAACUUAUUUAAAAAUAUUUCAGAUAUCAAAAUUCUAGCUGUAUGAUUUGUUUUGAAUUUUGUUUUUAUUUUCAAGAGGGCAAGUGAAUGGGAAUUUGUCAGAGUUCUGCCAGGCAAAUUCACUGUUUCACUGAAACGUUUGGAUUCUCUUAGCUACUGUAUACGAAGUCCGAUUAUAUUGGUGCGUUUUUACAGUUAGGGUUUUGCAAUAACUUCUAUAUUUUAAUAGAAAUGAAUUCCUAAACUCCCUCCCCUCUCCCCAUUUCAGGAAUUUAAAAUUAAGUAGAACAAAAACCCAGCGCACCUGUUAGAGUUGUCACUAUCUAUUGUCAUGGGAACCAGUUUUCAUUAAACUUGAAGCAGUCGUGAUAUCGGCAGUGUUUUGGUUCAGACACCUGUUCACAGAAAAGCAUGAUGGGAAAAUAUUUCCUGACUUGAGUGUUCCUUUUUAAAUGUGAAUUUUUAUUUCUUUUUAAUUAUUUUAAAAUAUUUAAACCUUUUUCUUGAUCUUAAAGAUCGUGUAGAUUGGGGCCGGGAGGGACGAGGGGUGAGUGAGUCUGAGGAUAAUGAAAUAAUCAGUGACUGAAUCCAUUUUCCCAUCAUCCUUUGUUCUGAGCAUUCUCCGUACCCUUUAAAAUAUUCCUCUUUUUCUUUUUAAACCCCAAUCUUUCACUUGAAAGGUUUUAUUGUAUAAAAAGUUCCACAGGUCAAUAAAUAUAGAGGAAAAUGAGUAUUUGGUCCAAAAAAGGAAAAAUAAUCAAGAUUUUAGGGCUUUUAUUUUUUCUUUUGUAAUUGUGUAAAAAAAUGGGGGAAAAAACAUAAAAAGCAGAAUUUUAAUGUGAAGACUUUUUUUGCUAUAAUCAUUAGUUUUAGAGGCAUUGUUAGUUUAGCGUGUGUGCAGAGUCCAUUUCCCACAUCUUUCCUCAAGUAUCUUCUAUUUUUAUCAUGAAUUCCCUUUUAAUCAACUGUAGGUUAUUUAAAAUAAAUUCCUACAACUUAACGGAAA